AUGUCAUCAAAUCGCAGUUAUCGUUCAAGCCAAAGCCGUGACCGCUCUACAACUCCUCGCAGUGUUCGUUCAAGCCGCAACCUUUUUCAACUCCUACCCGAUCAAACCGAAACAAUCGUUAAUCUGAAAGCCGCAAGCGAAGGUCUAGGUCUAGGUCUAGAUCUAGAUCCCCGACAAACGAUAGAAAUAAUAAAUGUUCCAAUCAUCUCAACCCCUACAUCAAGCACACCCCUUACACCAAGCGACCAAUAUGAUUAUGGUUAUGGUAAUGCCAAUAAUUAUAUAAGUGAUGAAGGAAUUGGACCCAGUGGUACUACUGGUCUUUCACAACCAUUAAAUAAUUGCAAUCUAAUAGACUUAGAGGAUGAAAUGAAUAAUUUUCUAUCUCCUGAACCACCUGGCGGCUAUCCUAAAAGGCCACAUGAGAUUUUGGAAGAUAUGGAUGAUGAGCAGUAUAAAUUGUUUCAUGAUGAAGUUAUUCAAAUAUUAAGUGGCCUUGACGAUUUGUUGCGUUUGGAUCAUACCAAAAAAUGGUUCAAAAUAUCUCGUCACGUGUCUAAGAAUAUUAUGCCCACUGUUAGUAAAGCCUUGGAGGGCAAUUUUAGAUUUAAAUUGAGUGAAUUAAAUCAUGUCCUCAAAAACCUUCAUCGACAUCGACACGAAUUAUGGAAAAUUAAACAAGACCCCGAAAAAUUUAUAUUGAAUAAAAAAAGAAUAGGGGUAAAUAGAAGGUGUCAAGAAAAAACAAACAGACGUAUCAGAGGCAUUGAUCAUUUGGUUAAUGCCAAAGAUAAGAACCUUGUUGCUCUUUCCCCAACAAUGAAUAUAGAAAGGGCACAAUCGGAACGCCAAUUGAAAAUUCAUCCUAAAAACAAAGAGGCUAGUGAUAAUUAUGUGCUUCGUGUAAAGGAUAAACCAUUGAGAUCCCAGAGG